CCAAGUAGUCAAACGGUCAAGACGCGGAGCUCCGCCAAAAUCCAGGGAGCGAGCGAGCGAGAGAGAGACUACAAGUCGCGCUUUGUGGAAAAAAUAUUACCCUAAAAUUAAUUGCAAAAGAAAAUCGGAAAAAAACGCGAAAAAACACAAGUGUGUCGCAAAAUGCAAGCCCAGCGGAAUCGCCAAUUAUGGGCAAUCUGAGGCGGAAUAUUAACGCAGAGAGAGAGAAAGAGAGAGGGCAGCCCUGGCUCUUUCAUGUUGUUGAGUGUAAUGCGUGCAACGGUAUUUCAGCUUGAACCGUUUUUUUUUCGUUACGGGAACAUGCCUAAAGCAUGUAGAUACAGCGUAGACCAGGCCAGCGGAUGAGGGCCCCAAUGGAUUUCAAUCUAAAUAGAAAUUGGGAACCACCAGGCAAAUAAGAAUAACCUUGAAGGCUUCUUCUGGCCAAGGCUCCUUUUUGCCUGUAGUACUUGGGGCUCUUUGGAGGGCUCUUUCCGUACAGCAUGGCGUAUGGCCGUCGAUGUGGUGAAAAGUAUAAAAAUAAUUAAACAUCUGUGCGUGUUCCUGUGAGUGUGCGUAAGUGUGUGUAGGUGCCAAAUAAAAUAAUAAUAAGCAAAUAAAUACGGGAAUAAGCAACCCGAAUCGACUCCCGGACUCCCGAUUCCCGAUGACGCAUUCGAGAGAGUAGGGCAGAAGGUUAAAUUACACAAAACGUCAAAUUCGCCACGUACCACACGUUUCGGAGUGGUUAAGUCCGAAUUCGGUUGUUACGGUAUUCGGACUCUACGGAAUACGGAGUACGCAAGUUUGCCAGAUUAUAGGCGCAGCCGAGCAGCCGAGAGGCAGGCGUAGGAGAGCGGAACACCGGAGAGAGGAGAACUAGAAAAACAGCUAAAUCAGCUAACGUUACCUAGUCCCACCCCCACUCCCGCGUACUCCCGCCCCCCAGUACCACAAAGCACCAUAACAAAGUUGUUGUCGCUGCUGGAAUGCAAGUGAAAAGGCGCUUAAAUAUUCAGUGCAUAAAAACCCACGAAAAAAAUCACUAAAAGCAAUCAGAAAUCCUUUGAAAACAAAACAUCCUACAAAAACUGGUGGAACACAAAUAUUUCAAAAUUUACUCAACCUGAAAAUGUUUCUAGCUCGUUGAGAGUGAGCGAGGGAGAGUGUCAGCCGAAGAGAGCGAGCUUGGAGAGCGAGCUACUCCGAGGCGAAAUUCACCACGAUAAAAUACAACAAAAAAGAGACAACAAAAAAUACUUUCACUCUCGCCACAACGCGGCGGCGGGCGGCAGGCAAAGGCAGGAAGCGCAUAAACUGACAUACAGAGAACAGAAAGAAGGAGAAAGAGACUAAGAAGAAGAAUCCGCAGAAACAGUGCCGGAGAGAGAGAGCGAGGGGAAGAGUUAGUGAAAACAAGGAACACAUCCGCAGUGCAAAGGGAAAACUUUUUGCAUGCCACAAGCAGCAGCGGCAGCGGCAGCAGCAGCAGCAGCAGCAGCAGCGGCAGCAGCUGACUGUUGCAGGAAGCCUGACAGCGGGACGGCUGCAGCAGGACCCGGACAACACUGUUGCGGACAGGACACGCGUCCGGUCCUGUCAUAAUCAAUUCAAUAGAAGCCUCUAGCAAACAGCGGCCCAGGAUACGUCGGACACACCCGAACAAGCGCAGCAAGAGGCGACUUUAAUGUAUCCUUAGAAUUCCAGACAGGCUCCAGCAGUGUAAUGCGCCUUGGGGGAAGUGGCAUACCAUACGACGGCGACCCCCUGACAAUGAGCGCAGCUGGCAACGACUAUGCCGAACUAUGCGAUCUUGGACCCUCACGUUGGAGUGCACGAGCCUAUGGGUAUCAUGGCGGAGCAGGAGCGGGACUUGGCCUUGGCGGCCCCAGUGGCGGGGGCGGCAUCGGCGGACUGGCCGGCCUCAUUUCGGGCGCCACCCAAUCAUCAUCCAGCGUGCCGACUGGCGGCUCGCAAGGACUCAGUGCCCACCAUAUGCGGAGCAGUGCGGGUGCUCCUAGCAGCUACGAGGCCGAGGACAUCGGCCUGGCCUUCGGCAUGAUCAGUCCACCGCCCGGCAGUGGUGGCCCCUACGGGGGCUCGGCGUCCGGUAUGGGCGGCGGCGGCGGCGGCGGUUCGCGCGUGGGGAAUAGCACGAGCUCGCUGCGCGCCGGCGGUGGUGCGGGAGGAGCAGCCGGGGGCGGAGGCCGCUCUGGGCUCUACUACUCACCGCCUGGCACCUCGUACACAAUCAUUGAGCGUCCCCACUCGCCCCACUACUACUUUAACUCGGCUGGGGUGCCCACCAAGGGGGGCUCGCUGCCGGGACGCGGCUCGGCGUACCUCAGCUCCUCACCCGCCAGCCAUAUGGCCGCCGGCACGGCGGGCACCCUGCCCACCUCCACAGCGGCCAGCGGGCGCUCGUCCAUGGGCAAUGGCAACAAGAAGCGCCCCAUAUCGCCGGAGCAGGUGCUGCGCAUGUUCGGCGCCACGCAGUCGUCUUCAGUUCCUACGAGUAGCUACCACUACAGCAAUGGUGGCACACGCGAUCGCACCGGACGACGCAGUCCGGCCAGCAGUCCGCCCUCGACGACGCAUCAGAUCUAUCGGGACCGAGAGCGGGAAAGAGAUCGCAGUGUUCCCAACAUUCACGAACUAACGACGCGAACCGUUUCCAUGUCACGCGAUCAGCAGAUCGAUCAUGGCUUCGGCAUUUGUGUCAAAGGAGGCAAAGACUCAGGCUUGGGCGUCUACAUCUCACGCAUCGAGGAGAAUUCGGUGGCCGAGCGCGCCGGACUGCGACCCGGUGAUACAAUCCUAGAGGUGAACGGCACCCCAUUCACCUCAAUCAAUCACGAGGAGGCGCUGAAGAGAUGUGUGCAGAUAUUGAAAUCGUCACGUCAAAUCAGUAUGACGGUGAGAGCCCCGCCCACGCUGAACUCGACGGCGCCCCUCCACGGAUUCGGUCCACCCUCCCGCGAUCCCAUGUACGCGUCGAUGGCACCACCCCUGCAUCCACAGAAUCAAGCGGCGGCGGCGGCGGCGGCGGCAUCGGGAGCGGGCUUGCCCUUCCGGCAGACCUGCUCCUGGAUGGAUCGACAUGGCCGGCCCGCCUCACCGCCCAUGGAGUACGGGGGCCGACGGAGCGAUCGACGAGAUCGGAUACGUCGCGUGGAGCUGCUCAUAGAGCCGGGACAGUCCUUGGGCCUGAUGAUACGCGGCGGCGUAGAGUACGGUCUGGGGAUCUUUGUCACCGGCGUGGACAAGGAUAGUGUGGCCGAUCGGUGUGGUCUGAUGAUCGGCGACGAAAUCCUCGAAGUCAAUGGCCAAUCGUUUCUCGAUGUGACGCACGACGAGGCCGUUGGUCAGUUGAAAUACCACAAGCGAAUGUCGCUGGUGAUACGUGAUGUGGGCAAAGUGCCGCAUUCCUGUACCUCCAUCGAGAUGGAGCCCUGGGAUGCCUACAGUCCAACAGGCACAAGGGCACGCCGAAAAGGUCAGAUUGCGACCAUGGUGGAGGAGAAGGCCCGCUCUCUGCUGCCCCGUCCUCAUUUUGCAAGCCUCUCCUACUAUAUUGCAGAGUAUAGUGGGAAAGCAAUGACCAUAGAUGCCUUUGUUGCCGUCUUGUUAGAGAUGUUAGAUACGUACGAAAAGCACACGCUAGUGACGGAGAUCCGAGAACUUGUGUUCCCCGAGGAUCGCACGCGAUACGAUGAGCUCGUCUAUCGCCGGGAGCGCGAUCCUUAUGGCGUGGACAGGCAUAGGCGUAAGGGAGACCCCGCCCGUGAUUUGCCGGUAACAGCUGACGAUUUGGAGAUUAUAGCCGCCACCGGACGUAGUCCCUCAUCGGACUCGGGACUGGGCAUGACCGUAACGGAUAUACACAAACGACCCGCAAUCCAGUUGCCAUAUCGGCCCAUGUCGGCGGGACCAAUACUGCAUCGCGCACAGCCAGCAUCACAUUAUCAGACAGCAAGUAACCAAUCUUCAUCAUCAUUAUCGCCAACACCCCAACAACAACAACAACAAAAAGGCUAUCUAUAUGCUAUGCUUAAAAAAGGGUAAACGGCAUUUAAACUCAUUCAACCAAACCAAAACCAAAAUGAACAGAAACCAAAACAGAAUCAGAAACAGAAACAGAAGCAGAAGAAGAUGAAGAAUCAGAAUGAAAGCUUAUAAAUACCAUACGAAAACGUUCUAUAUAAAAGCAAGAAGAGAUGCGACAACCAUGUACCACUUAAAUAUCGUAAAUUAAAUAGCAAUAGCCUAUAGUUGGUAUGGAUAACUACGUAUAUAACUUACCGAUUAGCAGGGCCUCAGCCGAAGCAAACCAGUUGUAUAAUAAAGAUUGAGCUAGACUUUUAAUCAGAGAUAAUCCAACUUGUAGAUAUAUCGAUAAAUAUAUAUAUAAAUAUAUACAUGUAAACGUGUAGCUGUGUAUAUUGAACAGAUAGACAAGAUCUCUUAUUAUUUUCAGGUCUCGCUUUUGAGUUGAUCCCCUUACCUUACAGCCACCACCCCACUGUGACUCGUAUAUAUCAAGGCCCCUUACAGACAUACCAACCGAUUAUUCAUUCAGACCAGACUACAAAAAACAAAAACAAAAACCAAAAAUCAACUAAAAACUACAACAAAAAACAAACUGUGCCACCUAGUACAUAACGAGAAAUGGUUAUAUAUCCGUAUCUGCUAUAUAGACACGACAAACACAAAAAAACACUGACUUGUAAUAUAUAUACAUAUAUAUAUAUAUAUACCUAGAUACAUAUAUAUACAUAUAGGAAGAGAAACGGAACGAAUGGAGGUAAAUUUCAAUGCUCACUUUUAUAUUUUUUAUCAUACAUACAUAUAUCAAGAAAAGCAAAAGAAAAGUAAGGAACAUUAAAGUAAAGAGAAGAAACACAAAAACAAAGCACCGUAUGAACCACUGAACCACAAAACCAAAUACAAACAAAACAUACAACACAUAUAUUCAAACUCUCAAAGCGAAAGAACAUAUAUUUCUAUAUGGUAUAUGUACAAUUUCAAUUUCUUUAACCGAACCCACACAAAACGGUUUCUAGAGCCAAUUUGCUUUGCUUGCGAGACAGCAGCACUCAGAAUUCCCCCUGAAAAAAUCCCUUUAUUUCUGUUGUAUCUCUGACUUUAUCCUCCCAUC